AUGGCGAAGGUUCUCCAUCUAGAUUACGUUCAACCUCCUCACCCCUGCGAAGAACGCACUGACUCCUCCGUGUACCCUUUAAUCGGAAAGCGAGCAAUAUUCUCUUCGAUUGCGGAAAACACAUUGGUCAUGGCUUAUCCCGCAGCUGCCCCAGCAUCCCCCACAGCCGCUGCUGGCCCCUCUACAGCUCAUACCUCAGCAGCUCGUUACACCGAUACCCCGCCUCCAGGCCAAUUCCCACUCUCUAAGCGAGAUAAACGUCGAAAUGCCCUCCAGGACCGAGUUAACGAGUUGAAAGAAGCCUUCGGAAAUAAUAGAGACUAUCACUUCCGCCAACGAGUCCAUGAGCUCCAGAAUGAGAUGGCGUUGAUCUCUAAUGCGCAAGUUUACGAGGAUUGGCCUAUUAGUGACUCUCCAGAGGACGUUGCGAAACAGUUGACGCAGCUAGCUGCCAGUGGGCAGAUUACGUCCGACACCCCCAUCUCCGGAAGAUGGUACUCAAAUUUUGUCCAGGAAAUAAACCGGAGUAAAGAAGAAAGAGAUGCGGAAUUGGCUGUUAUGAUGAACCGACAUCGUGACUGUUUGAACCGAAUCAAACAAGAACGUGAUUUUCGAAUCCAGCUCGCAGCCGAGGAGUGCAAGCGGCUCACAGAAACAAUUCGCGAGCGCUUAGUACAAUCAGUCUCCCACCGAAAGAACCGCCUUAUGAGAGAGAAAGAACAGCUGGAUGUUGCUGAUACCAAUGCAUUGCUUCUCCACCCCAACCAAUUCAGCAUAGCCAACCCAGGCAGCCCUGGUGGUCUCCAAAGCAAUCGAAAGACGAGGCACACACGGCAUAGAGUUGAUGCCGACGAUAUCGGCAGCGGCGUAAUUAGCGAGCCGAUCAAUAAACGGAAGAGAAAGGCCUUGGAAGAAGAUUUUGGUGCUUCUCCUAACCAUGAUGGACUUUCAACGCCUGCAGACCGAGCCAAGUCCAGAAUGUCCCAGCAACAAAAUGCUGCGGCGUACAGUAUCCUAUCUCUGUUUACGGAGAAGGAACUUGCAAUGCAUAGCAACGCUGCUCACGUCGCCGCAGUCCACUUCCUCUCUGCCUCGAAACGCGCCAAGCAAGCUAGCCAGAACGCAAAUGGGCAAUCCAUGGACAAAGAUGAUACAUCGGGGUCAGGAGAUGCAAGCAGCCAGGAGGACGUCACACCUGGUGCUGCCGACAUGGAACGCUCCGCUAGCCAGAACGUACAUGCAACUCGCUCUACACGCACGAAUGGUACCGGCGCGCUGAAUCUCCUCGGCGAGUUAACGGAAAAGAACUCUACUCGCACCAACCUACCAUACUAUAUCCUAGGUAGCUACCACCAACGGCCGAAUGGAUCCUCGAGUGCCCCAACCCCACCCGCUCUCAUGCCGGAGGAAAUCGAAGAUGAUCUGGCGCGCAUCGAGCGACUGAGAAACACGAAGCCAGCAGGAUGGGCUGACAGCCGUCUAAUUAACAACCUGAUGACCACCCUCAUGGGAUCGGAUGACGAUCAGCCUGUCCGCCAAUCCAACCCGCCGAGGAUAGGCUCGUUGCACCCAGACUUCCCUCCGACCAUGGACGUCCAUCUGGUCCGAGCCGCGCCUCGAAAGACAUAA